AUUCGUGGAAGAACUAUCUUCUCCUGCUGCAGAGGAAGUGCAGUGAAGCUCAGACAAACAAUGGAGUCUGUUGCUUACUGUCGGUCUCCGUCUCCAUCCCUUAUCUCACCUCGACAGCGCCAACCCAGUAGGAGAUCACUCGGUCCCAUUCGGGAGUUGCGCAGUGGUCAGCUCUGUCCCUAUGUAAUUCGCAGCUCCGACCUGUUCACGCCGACUUCAAUGCUGCCAGUUCAUACGACGGCCAAUGCUGUCAAUGAGUUCUGCAGCGUUGCCGCUGCUUCUCCGGCAAAAUCCGGGGAUAUAUCCGUUUUCCUUCAAACAAGUGCGGUACUUCUGGGAAUGUACUGGAUAGCGAACUUCGUGGUGCCGGAUCUAAUAUCCAAGUAUUUCGGGUUCGAUAAGGUUGGUCAAGAAGAUGAUCAGAACAAGCCCAAUGAAGAUGAUUCGACGAAAGAAGGGGGGUCGAGCUCACCAACAAAGGGUCAGGGCUUCAACAGUACAAGAAGUUAAACUUCAAGGCCACCUCCAUAUUUCUGAUAACGGAUUCUGAUAAGGGAUAGGUCGUGUUUGUUUGGACUUAAUUUUAAUCGCUGAAAGUUUAAUAUCUAAAUAGAAUAAGUGCUUAAUCGAUUAAGUGAAAAGUGUUUGAUUGGGUGGAAUUAUAAUAACUAAAAUUAUAGUUAGAUAGUUCCAAUACUUUAA